AUGCAAGCGAUCAAGUGUGUCGUUGUGGGAGAUGGUGCCGUGGGUAAAACUUGCCUGCUCAUCAGCUACACAACGAACGCCUUCCCCGGUGAAUACAUACCGACAGUAUUCGACAACUACUCGGCCAACGUGAUGGUCGACGGAAAGCCCAUCAACCUGGGCCUGUGGGAUACCGCCGGCCAGGAGGACUACGACCGUCUCCGGCCGCUCUCCUACCCGCAGACUGACGUGUUCCUCAUAUGCUUCUCCCUCGUCAACCCUGCGUCCUUCGAGAACGUUCGGGCCAAGUGGUACCCCGAGGUUCGGCAUCACUGCCCCUCGACGCCCAUCAUCCUGGUCGGCACCAAGCUCGACCUUCGUGAAGACAAGGACACCAUCGAGAAGCUGAAGGAGAAGAAACUGGCACCCAUCACCUACCCACAGGGCCUCGGCAUGGCGAAGGAGGUGAACGCCGUGAAGUACCUCGAGUGCUCGGCGCUCACGCAGAAGGGCCUGAAGACGGUGUUCGACGAGGCGAUCCGCGCCGUGCUCUGCCCCGCGCCGCGCGUCAAGCCGCCGCGACGGGUCUGCGCGCUGCUC